AUGUGAUUCAUAGUGUAAAAAGCGCUUUGAGUGGUCGGAAGACUAGAAAGGCGCUAUACAAGUACAGUACAGUCCAUCUUUCCUUCGAUCUCUGGUGCUGCUAUAAUGUGAAUUAUAGUAGUAUAGAAGUUCAAAUGUGGACAGACAACUACUGUCAGUGAAUCUGUGUUUAGAAAUAAGCCAAUCACAAAAAAAGCUUCUGAAACUUUGGAAAAUAGUUUUUAAAAAGUGAUUUACAUGUAUAAUCAACAAUAUAAUCAAAAGAAUCAUAUGUUUUCUGAAACUUCAGUAAACGUUCACAGUUUAGGAAUAUGAUUAUAUAUGAAUGAAGAAUGGUGUAUUGCUACCAAAUAGAGACAAGAGAUUUUUUUUUAUAUAUAAAUCAACAGUAUGUGUUUUUUUAUUUUUUAUUGCGCGCAUCAUUAAUGAAUUUGUGCCCCUUGAAAAAAUAUUGGCACUUCCUUUUUCCAAAAAAUAUGUUGCCGACGACCUAAUAUUUGUACUUUGUAAUCAAUCGGUGGAGAUGUUUUUUCUUUACCAGAAAUUUGCAUAAGUAAAAACAUUGCUGAAGCACUUUUCCUCCAACAAUAGUUUUUAUCUCAUCAGUGAAAACAAAAGGAAGCACAGUGAUGACUUCUUCAUCAUCAGCUCUUAUCUGAAAGUGCCGUUGGCUGUCUUCAACACAUUAUGCUCAUGCAUACAGAUAAGUAAAAGAGUAAUCUUUGCCCUCAGAAUCAGUUAAUCAUUCAGCUCUGGCACCAUGAAGGUCAAGGAGUUAAAAGCUUGCGACAGUUUGAACUCGGAGAAGAUUCCUCCAUCGCUGGUGUGGCAACAUGACUUCAAAACACUCCGAGGAUGCAGCCGGGGACACGAGCUACGAGAAACAAAGCAGUGGACUCAUGGCGAGGAUCAGGACUUUCAAGCCCAAGGAAGUUUUCACCUGGCAGCUGGCCAGGACACUGUGCAUGGGUCAGGGUCUGGCUGUACUCAUCUGUGGGACAGCCGUCUCCUCCCAGUACCUGGCCACAAACUUCCACGUCAACACACCCAUGCUGCAGAGCUUCUUGAACUACACCCUGCUGUGUGCCACCUACACCACCCUGCUGCUCUGCAGAACAGGGGAUGGAAAUAUUUUACAGAUCCUGAAGAGCCGAUGGUGGAAGUAUCUUCUUCUGGGGCUGGUGGACGUGGAGGCCAACUACGCUGUGGUUAAAGCCUACCAGUACACCACCCUCACCAGUGUACAGCUGCUGGACUGUUUCGUGGUCCCGGUCCUGAUGAUCCUGUCCUGGUGGAUUUUGAAGAUUCGCUACAGGCCGGUCCACUAUGCGGCCGUCUGUGCCUGUCUCCUCGGAGUGGGGGCCAUGGUUGGUGCCGACGUGCUGGCUGGACGAGACCAGGGCUCCACCACAAACAUCUUGUUAGGCGACGCUUUGGUACUGCUCAGCGCUUCGCUGUACGCCGUGUCUAACUUGUGUCAGGAAUACACGGUGAAGAACCGGAGCAGAGAGGAGUUCUUGGGCAUGGUCGGCCUGUUCGGCACCAUCAUCAGCACCAUACAGAUGGUGAUCCUGGAACGUAAUGAAGUUGCAGCCAUCCAGUGGAGCUGGCAAGUCGGGCUCCUGUUCUCUGGCUAUGCGUUGUGUAUGUACGCUCUGUACAGCUUUAUGCCCAUAGUGAUGAAGCUGAGCAGCGCCACCUCCGUCAACCUCUCCCUACUCACCGCCGACCUCUUCAGCCUCUUCUGCGGGAUCUUCCUCUUCGAGUACAAUUUCUCUGGACUCUACCUGGUCUCACUGGUAGUCAUCCUCAUUGGCUUCAUCACCUUCAACGCCGUGCCAACACCCACUGAGGGCACAGAUCCCGCCAUCACCUCCUCCUCCUCUUCCUCUUCCAUCUGUGAGGGAGGUUCCUAUGACAAUCCUGUGGCCAAUCAGAGUGACAUCACCAAACAGGAAGUGGCAGUGAGGAUCACGGCUGAGGAGGAGGAGGAGGAGGAGGAGAAGAAGAGGAGAGCUUCAGGGCCAUCACAGAGCCUCGGAGGACGAAGAGAUGAUGAUGUUGUUGCCGUUGGACACAGCACUAAAAUGUGAGCCCUAACACAAAAGGCCAUUAGGUUGAAUAUUUUUUAAACACAUUUAUUUAUUGAGUUUUGCUUUUAUAUAGAAAUACAGAGAACAAACUUGUAUUUUUAGUGGGACACGGCUCUUCCUGGAACGACAUCAGUAGAUGUUGUUGUCAUGAUGUUGUUGUAUCAGUAGCUGUUGUAGUCAUGAUGUUGUUGUAUCAGUAGCUGUUGUUGUCAUGAUGUUGUUGUAUCAGUAGCUGUUGUUGUUGUUAUGAUGUUGUUGUAUCAGUAGCUGUUGUUUCGAUGGAAGUCCAUAAAUGAAUCACACAUAUUUUCAAACUCUUGUGCUUUUCUUCUAUAGUGUGUCAUAAUUUUACCCCCUAAGAAGGCAGCAAACAGUCCUUUCAUCCACCGGCUGUAUAUUGUUUUUCAAUGCAUUUAACCAAACAAAGCACAUCAAAUACUUUGCAUGAAGGACUAAAGAAUAAUAAUUAUAUCAUCAUAAAUAAACAUGUUGUAUGAAUCACAUAGUUGUCGUCUUCUUUUAGCUGCAAUCAAGAGCAGUUGUGUGGGACAACCGAUCAGUGAAAAUCAAAAAUACCAUAAUCACCACACCGAUAUAUGAUGUAUUUAUGUGAUGGUUAUGGUAUUUUUAAUUGAAAAUGCCAAUAUAUCAUAAUUCAAAUGACUUCCGUUAAGUUAAUUUUUAGGCAGAAAUGCGCAAUGGUUUUAUAUCUUUUAGCUCAUUUAACAAAACAUAUUAGAUCACAGUUCUAUUUGCUGUGUUUUAGAGAUAUGAAUGAUUUUUCCAUUGGUCUCCAUUAUUUCAGCACAAUAUAAAAAUCAAUCAGCAGACUCUUGGAACUAGUUAAAUUAGUCUGAAUUUAAACGGCAUUACAACACACUGAUGAUGUAACAUGCACACUUGAUGCUCUCUCUGAUGAAUUUCACAACUCAAGAGACUGAUAAUUAACUGUAACACUGUUCCAUAAAUAAGUGGAAAGCAGUGGCUUCUUGGACUGGAAGUAAAAUACCUCCAAUUAUCCAGAAACGUACUGCAGCAUUAGAGAAUGGUCAGCAAAGAUGUAAAAUAUUCUCUGACAUGAUUGUUUAAGAUUUGUAGAGGAAUGUAUCUUCUUUAGUUUGCUUAUCUGAGCAUGCUUUUUAUUCAUUCAUGGCCAAGUGGGAUGCAAUGGGGGGGGGAAAAGUACUUUUCCAUUAAUAUUCUGUAAUUCAAUAAUGUACAAAUUAAAAAAACAUUACCUGUUCAGUUAAUUUUUUGAACAACUUUGAGCAAUCUAAGUAUCUUGAGCACUAUCCUAACAGCCCAGCUUCAUUAUCUUCACAACAUUCAAUCUAUCAUCUAUUAUUCAUGAUCGUUUUAUCCAGAAUGCACUGACAGGCAGAGCUGUUUUUAUGUCUUUCCGUCUAUCAAGUGAUAUAAACUACUGGAGAGGAGGGAAAACUACUGAGCUACUCAUUUAAAUGUGUACAUUAGCUUAUGGAGAUGUAUCUCUGCUGUGUUAUUAAUUAUUAAGAGUUUAAGAGAGAGUUUGACAGCGCUCCAAAAGACACAGUACAUUCACAGUGUAGCGUUUUCAAUAUUCAGGGGUCACAAAGUCAAGUCUCAUCGGCUUUUUGCUUUCAAGUCUCAAGUCAAGUCGAGUUUUUAGGCUUUCAAGUCUCAAGUAGCUUAAGUCGGGUCUCAAGUCCUCAUUUUUCAAGACCAGUGGUGCGUCUGUGUCUGCUGGGAAAAGGGAGGCGCCGAUUUACAGACUGUGUACACAUGUUUUCACUUAUUAAUUCUCUGCAGUACACAUUCUAUGUAUUGUAUUUUCACUUCAUUUUAUCUUAUCUUGCUUAGUAAUAUUAUCAAGUGGGUUUUAUC